ACCCUCCACGUUAAAAAAACGACGCGGCAGAAAUGAAUAUUAGCUGUUUAGCAACGUGAUUUGCCUAAGCCGUCAAUUCAUUCAUCAUCAAAAGCGGCGGGUGACGUCACGGACCCUACCUCUUCACAUGCGACCUGUGACACGCCGCGUGCUGAUCCUCUCGCGCUCAGUGUUCACUGGCAUCUCUGCGCGCGCGGUGAGGAAAAGGCGCUCGUGUAGGCUUUCUUAUUAAGAGGCGACUUUAGUGUUUUAGCACCGCAAGUUUCAUCUUGGAAUUGGGAUUUAUUAGAGAAUUUUUCCCUGCAAAGUUCGAGCGAAGUGAUUUUUUUUUCCCCCUCCCAGUUACUUUUUACUCCCCAGUGUUGGAAACGAAUUGGUGGCCAAAAUGUCUCGAGACCCGGACGACGUGAACAAGCUCACGGAAAGCACUUAUAAGAAUGUCAUGGAGCAGUUCAACCCAGGACUGCGCAAUCUUGUAAAUCUGGGGAAGAACUAUGAGAAAGCAGUAACUGCGAUGACGCUUGCUGGAAAGACGUAUUUUGAUGCUGUUUCAAAGAUCGGAGAGAAUGCUGCUGUGUCACCGGUCUCCAGAGAGCUGGGGGUGGUCCUGGUGGAGAUUUCUGAUAUGCACAAGAAGGUUCAGAUGGAGUUGGAGGAGUCUUUCCAAAAGUUCCAUAGAGAUCUAAUUACAGAACUGGAGAAGAAAACGGAUAUGGAUGUCAAAUACAUGAAUGCCACAUUCAAAAGAUAUCAGUCUGAACAUAAAAUGAGGCAAGACUCCUUGGACAAAACACAGGCAGAUCUGAAGAAACUGCGGCGAAAAAGCCAGGGGAAGCAUAACAGCAAGUACGACAUGAAGCAAAAUGAGUAUCUGGAGACUAUUUCUUCGCGGCAGACAGACAUGCAAAAGUUCAUAGCAGACGGCUGCAGGGAGGCACUGCUGGAGGAGAAGAGGAGGUUCUGCUUCCUGGUGGACAAACACUGCACCUUCUCCUAUCAGAUGGCAGAGUUUCAUGACAAAGCGAAGGAGAUACUCUCUCUGAAGCUCCCUAGUUGGCAGGGCAAGUGCAAUGAUGCCCUCCAGGUGCCAGAUACCAUAAUAACCAUGAUUGAGGGUAUACGCACCCCGAUCUCCAACUCUCCCAAGUCAUCACCUCUCCUGGAUCACUUUAACAGGAAUUCUGACCCCAUGGUUCCUCCGCCAGCCCCACCACUGAAGGCUCAGACCAGUCCGUUGGUAAAUAUGUUCUCACAGGAGAUCCCCAGAAGCCCCGUGUCCCCAGAGCCUUACUCAGACCAAGACAGUCUCGAUAGCAUGUCCAGAUCCACAUCUAUGUCCAGUGACAUGAACUUAUUGAAGAAGCCACGAGUGCAGACCAUUUUCCCACACACAGCAGGAAACAACGAGUCCCUCCUCAGCUUCGACGAUGGAGAAAUAAUCACUUUACUGAUUCAGGAAGAGAGGGACGGUUGGCUCUAUGGGGAACUGGACAAAACCGGGCAAAAAGGCUGGUUUCCAUCGUCUUAUUGCCGACCAUACAGUGAGUCUGUGAUGCCAAAACUCAUGAAUGUGGCAGAUCUCUCUAAGCAGUCUGAUGAUGAGGAGGAGGAGGAGGAGGACGACGAUCAGCCUGUGUUUCUGCCUCCCCCUGACUAUGGUGACUCAUUCAGGAAGCCCUCCACCCCCUCACUACAGAGCACGGUGUCGUUGUCUAAUGGCACAUCCAAGCCUCCAUUUCUUGGAGGUGGGAAUCCCUUCGCUACGGUCAGGCUGCGGCCCACAGUAACAAACGACAGAUCGGCGCCAGUCAUCUAACGCUGUCCAGAAUGAACCUAGAUGUCAAUUUGGCCCUCAUUCUCAUUUUGGUUCUUCAUUUACAUCUUUUUAGGCUGCAGUUUUAAAAUUAAAAAAAGGGCUAAAUCAUAAAUGCAUUUAACUUCUAUUUUAAUAGCACAAGCCCAAGUUAACAUGUGAAAUUGCAUGGAUUUUAAUGAUCACUUGGUUUUGCAUUUAGUAUAGGUUCCACUGAAUUCCUUUAUACAAAAGCCCAGAAGUGUUUUCUAGUGUGAUGUUCUAUCAAAAAAAAAAACACAUUGUUUGACCAUAUUGGUCUUUGUAGAUGUUAAACCGUGACAGUUCUUGGUAUACCUGUCUAGCCUUAUUUGUUAGAAGCCGCAACUUUUGUUCAGGAGUGAGUAUAAAUACGUAAACCGCAGAUAUCACAAAUGAACUAGAAUGGUAGAUGAACAUACAAUAUUCUUUCUGUAUGGUAUGCAGUAACAUCUGUUCCUGUUAACUUUGUGUUGUAUAAAAAAAUACUAAUUUUCUAAUAUGUUUAGUGUCUUCAUGUUGGAACGAGGUAACUAUAAAAGCACAUUUAAGUUACAUAAUGGUGUAUUUCUCCCAAUUUAAAAGGGAAUCCUGCCUAGUGUAGACUGUGUACCAGGGAGAAAUGACCGCGUAGUUCAAUAUACAACAAAUAAAACGGGUUAAGUCUGUGAUGCCUAGUUAAGCCGAUGUGUAUUCUUAUUUUAAUUUAACAAAUGUCAGUUAUAUAGGGAAUGGUCAUAAUUAUUGUUGUUAGAUAUAUUUUAGUUUCCUCCUGUUUUAACGUGUAUAUGGGGUACCUUUUUAUUCUGUUCUGUUGUUGAUUAUUUGUGCCAUUUUCUGUCAAGCAGCACUGGAAUUAAAGCUAGGUUUUCAUAUGA